AUGGCAACGAGAACCAGCGCCUUUGUCAUUAGAGAAUUGGAGGAUCUUUUCGUGCCGAUGUUGCGAAAUUGCGUCGACAUGGUGAGAUUGAAAAAAAUCCAAGCCCAAGUCGUGAAGUUAUCACUGUCACAGAGCAACUUCUUGCUGACAAAAAUGGUGGAUGUGUGUGACAACAACGGGAAUAUAGAGUAUGCAAGUUUGCUCUUCAAUCAAGUGGUUGAACCAAAUGGGUUUUUGUACAACGCAAUGAUCAGAGCUUACACACACAAUCAUAAAUAUAGGGUGGCAAUCACUCUGUACCAGAAAAUGCUAAGACAUCGACAAGCUAAAAAUCAAAUUUUGCCCGACAAAUUCACAUUCCCAUUUGUGUUUAAGUGCUGUGCUGGGCUUUUGUAUCAUUUUCUAGGUCAGCAGGUCCAUGCUCAGCUGUGUAAGUUUGGGCCAAUGUCCCUUUUAAUAAUAGAGAAUGCACUAAUAGAUAUGUAUACUAAGUGUGGCAAUUUGACAGAUGCACAUAAGGUGCUCGAGUGCAUGACUGAAAGAGAUGCCAUUUCUUGGAAUAGCCUACUUUCUGGGCAUGUUAGGGCGGGACAGAUGAGAAAAGCGAGGGCAAUGUUUGAGGAUAUGCCAAACAAGACUAUUGUCUCAUGGACGACGAUGAUAUCGGGUUAUGCUCGAAUUGGGUGUUAUGUGGAUGCAUUGAAUGUUUUUCGCCAAAUGCAAGUGGUAGGCAUUGAACCUGAUGAGAUAAGUAUAGUGUCUGCUUUGCCGGCAUGCGCUCAGCUUGGAGCUCUUGAGGUUGGCAAAUGGAUACACAUGUACGCAGAUAAGAACAGGCUUUCUAGUAAGACUAAUAUUCGUAACGCCCUGAUUGAAAUGUACGCAAAAUGUGGUUGUGUUGAUCAAGCAUGGCAGUUGUUUGAGAAAAUGGUGGAUAGGGAUGUGAUAUCUUGGAGUACCAUGCUUGGGGGGCUAGCAAAUCACGGGAAAGCUCGCGAAGCAAUUGAGCUCUUUCAAGAUAUGCAGCGAACAAAGGUACAACCGAACGGUAUUACUUUUCUUGGUAUCUUAUCAGCCUGCACCCAUGCUGGUUUGUGGGAUGAGGGAUUGAAGUAUUUCGAUUCCAUGAGAAAAUGCUAUCAUAUAGAACCGGAGAUUGAACAUUAUGGUUGUUUAGUCGAUCUUCUUGGACGCUCAGGUCGCCUUGUUCAGGCUCUUGACACAAUAGAAAAGAUGCCAAUGAAGCCAGAUUCAAAGAUAUGGGGUUCUUUGUUGAGUUCUUGCAGGACUCACUGCAAUCUUGAGAUUGCUAGUAUUGCUAUGGAGCACCUUCUUGAGUUUGAACCAGAUGACACAGGGAACUAUGUGUUGCUUUCCAAUAUUUAUGCAGAUUUUGGGAAGUGGGAGGGGGUGUCGAGGAUGAGGAAACUUAUAAGAAGCAAGAGCCUGAAGAAAAUGCCAGGAUGCAGCUUAAUCGAGGUUAACAACGUGGUUCACGAGUUCAUAUCGGGUGAUGAUUCGAAACCAUUUUCAAAAGAUAUUUUUUGGAUGCUAGAGCUGCUAGCAUUUCAUCAUGACAGAACAGAUGAUAUUAUAGAAGUUGCACAGGGGACAUAAGUCGGCAAUUGUGUUAAGAUUAAUAGGAUGUGGUCUUGGUGAAAAAAAUUGUAGCCUAAAUGGAACCUCAAAUUUCAUUUUGAGUUUUAUCUUAUUUAAGUGCAUGAAAUCGUAGCUGAAGUUUUAAGUGAAAA